CUGCAAGGAAAACUGUGAAAAGAGCAAUGAAAUGGAAAUCUUUCUCUUUUUUCCCGGUCUGCCAUUACAAGGCCUUUCACUAAGCAUUGCAUCUGAACGUUUUUUCCAAGAGAAUUAAGGGUCGUUGUGCAUUCAAGAACAGCCUCUGGAAUAUAUUGCCAUUGAGCAAGUUAACUUGCUUUGUGUCAUUUAUUCAUCAAAAAUGGACAAAGUCGGUGCUUCUCGUUUGAGGUGGUUAACAUUGUUGAUUUGGUUCUUCUUCAUUGUCAAGCUCGCCGCUGCCUCAAGGAAAAUUUUCCAGAGUGAAAACGGUAAAUCUCUUGGGGUGCGGCUGCAUAAGCAUCAUCAUCGGAUGGUGAUGGAUAAUGGCCUCGUACAAGUCACUUUGUCUAGUCCGGGCGGUGAUAUCACCGGAAUACAGUACAACGGAAUCCAUAAUGUACUUGAAACCAGGAACAGGGAAGGCAACCGAGGGUAUUGGGACGUUGUCUGGAACUCGCCUGGAAAUCAUAUAGCUUACGACAGAUUGAAAGGAACAGAUUUUAACGUUAUAAUGGAAGAUGAAGACCAGGUAGAACUCUCAUUCAAGAAGUCUUGGAAUUUCACAAAUGGGAACUCCUCAGCCCCCCUGAACGUAGACAAAAGGUAUAUAAUGCGACGGGGCAGCUCAGGGGUCUACUUGUAUGCCAUAUUUGAACGCCUGGAGGGAUGGCCUGACAUGGACAUGGAUCAAAUUAGAAUCGUUUUGAAGCUCCAAAAUGACAAGUUUCACUUCAUGGCAAUAUCUGACGACAGGCAAAGGAUCAUGCCAAUGCCUCGAGACAGAAUCAGUGGUGAACCUCUUGCAUAUCCAGAAGCUGUUCUCCUGACCAAUCCAACUACUCGACAGCUUGGAGGAGAGGUGGACGACAAGUACCAAUAUUCAUGUGAGAACAAAGACAACAGGGUACAUGGUUGGAUAUCGGAAAAUCCACAGGUGGGAUUUUGGAUGAUCACACCAAGUGAUGAGUUCCGGGCUGGCGGCCCCCUGAAACAAGACCUCACAUCUCAUGUUGGCCCCACCGUCCUCUGUAUGUUUACCAGCACUCAUUACAGUGGGAAGGACUUGAACACAAAAUAUCGAAACGGAAGGCCAUGGAAAAAGGUUCUGGGACCUGUAUUUGUCUAUCUCAAUUCCAUCUCCUCCCUUGAAGAUCCCAAAACACUAUGGGAAGAUGCUAAAGAUCAGAUGUCUAUAGAAGUCAACAGCUGGCCUUACAAUUUCCCACAGUCAGAAGAUUUCCCUAGCUCAGAUCGACGAGGAACUGUUUCUGGUCAAUUACUUGUUGGUGACAGGUACAUCAGCGACAAACCAAUGUGGGCGAGCUAUGCCUAUGUGGGCUUGGCUGCACCAGGAGGGGUGGGUUCGUGGCAAAGAGACGCCAUGGGGUAUCAAUUCUGGGUUCAAGCCAAUGAGGAGGGUCAUUUCUUAAUAGAAAACAUUAGAGCUGGGCACUAUAAUCUGUAUGCCUGGGUUCCCGGCAUUGUUGGGGAUUGCCGAUAUGAUGUUAUUAUCCACAUCCAACCAGGAUGUGAUGUCCAAUUGGGUGUUCUUGUGUACGAGCCUCCAAGAAAUGGUCCAACCCUUUGGCAAAUAGGAAUCCCUGACCGCACUGCUGCCGAAUUCUUUGUGCCCGACACAUACCCGACGCUCAUGAACAAAUUGUUCAUCAACCAAUCAACUCACAAGUUUAGGCAGUAUGGACUGUGGGAAAGGUACUCAGAUUUGUAUCCUAAGCAUGACCUUAUUUACACUACUGGCAUCAGUAAUUAUCAUCAAGAUUGGUUCUUUGCUCAGGUUCCCAGGAACAUGGGAAAUCACACAUAUCAAGCCACAACAUGGCAGAUCAAAUUCGAGAUAGAAAAUGCCACCCCGAGGACUGGAAACUAUACGCUCCAAGUGGCCUUGGCAUCAGCCUCCGCUUCUGAACUACAGGUUCGGCUCAAUGACAGAAGAGCCAAACGACCUCAUUUCAGAACAAGGCUAAUAGGAAGGGACAAUGCAAUUGCGCGGCAUGGAAUUCAUGGUCUGUACUGGUUUUAUAGCAUUAACGUGCCAAGCCGUCUGCUUCGCCAAGGAAACAACACUGUAUAUCUCACUCAGUCAAGAAGCAAAUCCCCUGUUGGAGGAAUUAUGUAUGAUUACAUUCGUUUAGAAGGGCCUCCAGAAACGGGUCCGAGUGUAGAAUGAUUUUACAGAUGCGCUUUUUUUCGUCAUUU